CCAGGGCCACGUCUACAGCUAGCCUAGCUUCCACGUUAGCAUUCCUACCAUUAAGUUAGCUGGCUAGCCUAACUUAGCUCUACAUGUCCUGCUGCAGACACUUCUUAGCUAGUUGCAUAAUACAGUAAACAUACCAUUUGUCAUAUUUGCAGUUUUCUCUUUGACGAUGUUAUAUGACUGUUUCUUUCUUUAAAUUACAUAUCCAUCAUGUAUUCUAGCAUGGGAAUAUAAAGCAGUCCGCUUCGCACUCAGUCGCGUGACAUUUCCGGUUUCACUGGUUUGGCUUGCUAACUUCUUUCACGUUUUAUAUUUGUCGUUGUCCAUCUAGCAUUACUGCCAUCUACUGGAAUAUAUGACUCACAGCUCCCUGCACACCAACCUGAAAUUUAAACUUGUCCAGAAAACCAUUUUAUUGAUAAACAAUAAUAAAUUCCAUAAAUUGACAACACAAGUGAACACAGGGCAACCUUCCUCAGUAUGCGUCAGUGUACAUAAUUUAACAGAUUGUAGUCUAACAGACCAUGUAGUAUGUUUGUAUAGUAUCCAUGACCAUGGUCAACAUCUAUUAGAAGGAAAUUGAAUGUUAUAUUGUCUGGAGAAUGUAUUACCAACAAAUGGACAGGACUGUUAAUAGACACAUAUACCACAUGAGAAGGCAGAACGAAAUAUGCUCACAACAACAUUUCUCACAGGAUAUGGCAAGCACACUGUACUCUGACAUAUUUGACAUGGAGACAGUACCUACAGUGGAAGGAAGACAAGCGUAUAGGAUUAACAAAGUGGUGAAAAAUGCUGGCUCUGCUGCAGCUCUGAACCUGGACACACCGUGGGCGGCACAGAGGGAAGGAUGAGGAUUAAACUGAGUUUCCACCCACACUGCAACGAGCUUCCACCUCCACCUCAUUCCCUGCGGUCCACCAUGGAGCAAUUUGUGUUGACAGCCAUCAGACAUUCCCGGGUGCUUUCUGUCCAAAUAACCUCAGUCUCAGCCAGUCAAGACAGUACUGAAUCAGGGUACCUGCACUGCAUCACAGCUCUCUUUUCAGCAAUGCGUCUCUACCAUAGUACACAGGUAUCACAAAAAAUGGUUCUUCGAAAUAGAAGAGAGGGACAUCGCUGGCGGAUGGUCCCACCACACCAGGGGACUGAGUGUCAACAACAGGAGGGCGGUGACCUCAUCAAACCCAGGAAGCUGCCAAAUCCAGUCCUGGCUUCCCACCAACACCGAGCCCUUCACCAAGAGCUGCUAUUCUGCCACAGAAGAGGUCUACUGCCCAGAAAAAGGACAGAGCAGCAGUGUGUGCUGGAGCGCAGACAGCAAGAGCAGAACAAGCAGAGCGAGCUGGCCCUCUGUCCUCCCUCUGACCUGGAGAUGAAACUCUUUGCAAGGCAGCAGACAAUGCAAGUCUAUGAGCUGGAGGAGGAGAAGAGGAGUGAGAGCCUGCAGAACGAACCUGAGUUUGUUCGUGUGAGACGAACCCUGAAGUGUAUCCAAACCUUUUCCUAGUGACGAGCACAGUAAAUGGACAAAUGAAUUCAUCACAGAUUGGCAAUUGAAUAUAUUUCGGAUUGGAUUAAUCAAAAUUCAGCUCCCUUAUUUUAAUACUAAUGUUUAAGCAUAAUGGAUCAUGUAAAUUCACACGGCAGUUUGGAAUUUCCCAAUGUAACAUGCUUGAUGUCCAUCAUCCAUCCAUCUUCAUCUGCUUAUCCUGGGUCCGGUCGCGGGGGCAGCAGCUCCAGCAGGGGACCCCAAACUUCUCUUUCCCGAGCCACAUUAGCAUAUAUUAUUAUUAUAUUAUACGUCAGGCCACAUGCUUGAUGUAGUUCCUCUAAAACCUGGGUUGUGUAAAAUCAAAGCAUGUUUUUACAAUUGAAACAUUUCUAAAUAUAACAGCUAUAGAAGUAAGGCAAUUUUAUUUAGUAUUAUAUUAGUAUUUGGUAUUUUUUUAAAAAGCAUUUUGUGAAGUCCUCAUGGUAGCAAUUCUGGCUUUUGUAGAGAAGUGUACAACAUGCAUUCAUUUGAAUAUGACAUAUCCUUUCAAACAAUGAAUACAUAAGAAUAUAAGUGACAAAAAUACAUUUAAAAUGUUUAAUAAAACAUCCAGGGAGGCUGACCAUGUACGUCAAAACACUGAAACUUAAAAGCUGAAUUGAAUCAGAAUCUGCUAGUGACAACAGCGAGAGAACGGUUAUGUCAUUAUUCACAAAAACGCAACAGCAGUCUGAAAAUGAGCUCGGUCGUAUGUUGCUCCUUUUGCAGCUUUCCUUUUGUUGUCGUUUGUGCUCUAACGUAUCGUACCCUUUAAUCAACGCUGUACACAUUUCACAAGUUUUAGGACACAGCUACUGACAUCACAGGGUAAGUUCAGGUUGGAGAGCUUAACAUCAGAAAACAAAGUAAUCACUGAAUAAUGAUUGGUGGACUGUAAAAUGAUGUUUCGCGUUUAAAAAAGUGACCAAGUGCCAGCUGCUAGUCUAUAUCAAGUUUCUCGAUCUGAAUCUGUGGUGCGCUCCAAACAAACAUUCAUAAAAUAACUUGGUAUCUCUGCACAGUAAAUGUGCGUAUGUAUGACCUAAACUUUAAAGUGAGACUGUUGCAGUAUAAGGAAUAAGAAGGCCUGCUGAAUAAAACACAUUCAACCAU